AUGCCUGUGACCUGGACCCCCCCGGGCAUCCCCAGAGCCCUGCCCUGGGCCAACCAGAGCUUGGCCCGCGAGUUCGUCCUGCUGGGCUUCACUCACGUACCUGCACUGAGGCCACUGCUCGCCUCGCUCUUCCUGGCCAUGUUCCUGCUCACGCUUCUGGGCAACGCACUCAUCGUGCUGCUGACCAGCCUGGACUCGGCCCUGCGCGCGCCCAUGUACUUCUUCCUGCGCCAGCUGGCCCUCGUGGAGAUCUGCUUCUCACUGGACAUAGUGCCCCGGCUGCUGAUGACCCUGCUACGGCCGGGGCGGGGUGUGUCACCUGCGGGCUGUGCCCUGCAGCUGCUGCUGGUGCUGUCGUGUGUCACAUCUGAGUGCUUCCUCCUGACUGCCAUGGCCUGGGACCGCUACGUGGCCAUCUGUAGGCCCCUGCGCUAUGGAGCCAUCAUGAGCGCAAGGCUGUGCCACCUGCUAGUUGCCGCUUGCUGGCUGGCGGGAGUCCCUGUGUCGCUGGUCUUUACCCUCUGGCUGUUCCACUUCCCUUUCUGUGGGCCGCAUAGUAUCCACCACUUCUUCUGUGACAUUGCUCCUCUCCUGAGCCUGGUGUGUGCGGACACCAGGGUCUUCGAGACCAAUGUGUUGGUGGCCACGGUGUUGGUUAUGAUUGUUCCUUUCUGUCUGAUAGCCACAUCCUACACCAAGAUUCUGACCACAGUCCUACGGAUGCCAUCAGCCACUGGGCGCCACAAGGCCCUGUCCACAUGUGCCUCCCACCUUAUCGUGGUGACUCUGUUUUACAGCACAACGGGGGUCAUCCACUUGCAACCCAAGGCCAGCUACUCCCCAGAGAGCAAGCAGGUGGUGUCCCUGUCCUACACCCUGGUGACUCCCAUGCUCAACCCUCUCAUCUACAGCCUGCAGAACAAGGAGGUGAAGGCUGCCUUGGGGCGAGUGUGUGUUCAAAGAAGAGUGACUCAUAUUCCAUGA